AUGAAAAAGACAAUUGGUAUUCUUUUACUGGCUUUAAGUGCUACAGUUAGCGCGAAAAACAUUGUAGUAAAUGGCACUCGCUUUAUCUAUCCUGCGGGAGAUAAAGAAGUUACCGUUCAGUUGAACAAUACGGCUAACCGUCCGGCAUUAGUUCAAACCUGGUUGGACACCGGGAACCCGGAACAAAGCCCGGAUACGAUUACAACCCCAUUCUCCAUCACUCCUCCAAUCACCAGAGUUGACGGGAACGCUGGUCAAACUCUCCGUAUCCGUGCAAUCAAUAAGGCGGGUAUUCCUACUGAUCGGGAAAGUAUCUGGUGGUUGAACAUUCUGGAGAUUCCGCCCAAACCUACCGCAGCAAAGGCACAAGGUGAAAGUGUAUUACAGUUAGCAAUUCGUUCUCGCUUUAAGUUCAUCUAUCGCCCUGAGAAUUUAGGUGAUCGUGAUAAUGCUGCUGAGAAACUUGUACUCAAAGCACAAGGGAAGAAUUUAAGAAUCGAUAACCCUACUCCGUUCUUUAUUACUGUCAGUAAAAUUACUAAAGGUACGGGCGUAAGCUUAAAUAGUGCCGCUGUCAUGAUUGCGCCUAAGAGCACGCAAACUGUUUCUUUGAAAGCUGAAGUACGGUCAAAUGAGAAGUUGACUGUGAGCAAUAUUAACGAUUACGGCUCCGAUACGGAGACCCCACUUACUACAAACUAA